UGGAGUGGGUUAGUAGGAGUGGCCGAGGCGCUGGCAGCCUGCUUUGCAUGAAUCGUGGACUCCCUAAAGUUAGUGGCUGCAGCUAGAUAUUUCCUGUCAGCCGCACAGACAGACAGAGCCGAGCUGAGGGCGGAGGAGACGAGGAGAGGGAUGGCAGAGAACAGCUCCGAGACGAGCAGCUCCGUUCACCGGAGAUGUAUGGCCCAUUCUUCAGCGGAGAGAAACACUUCUGCCGGCGUCGGGGCAUCGAAAUGGAUCCGACUAAACGUCGGCGGGACGUAUUUCUUAACAACGAGACAGACGCUGUGUCGAGAUCCAAAAUCAUUUCUCUACAGACUGAGCCAAGCUGACCCCGAGCUCGACUCCGACAAGGAUGAAACUGGUGCCUAUCUCAUCGAUCGAGACCCCACAUACUUUGGGCCAGUGCUUAACUACUUGAGGCAUGGCAAACUGGUGCUCAACAGGGACCUGGCAGAGGAAGGUGUGCUAGAAGAAGCCGAAUUCUACAACAUCACAUCAUUAAUAAAGCUCAUCAAGGACAAGAUCAGGGACCGCGACUGUAAAACAUCACAGGUUCCAGUGAAGCAUGUGUACCGGGUGCUGCAGUGCCAGGAGGAGGAGCUGACACAGAUGGUGUCUACCAUGUCUGACGGCUGGAAGUUUGAACAGCUGGUCAGCAUAGGCUCCUCUUACAACUACGGAAACGAAGACCAAGCCGAGUUCCUGUGUGUAGUCUCCAAGGAGCUGCACAAUCAAUCAUACGGGACAAACAGUGAGCCCAGUGAGAAGGCUAAGAUUCUUCAGGAAAGGGGUUCCCGGAUGUGAAGAGGACUCAGUAUUAUGAGCUCCAGGUGUUAUGAUGCAAACAUAUCAUCUUUGUGGAAGAACGUUUGGCACAAUGGAGAUUUAAAAAGGGGGGUGUGCAUUUAUUUUGUGUUCCCUCCAUUUUGGUUUUUAUUUCUUGAUGUAAAUAAGUCUGUUUACUGACAAGUUGUGCCUGUACAUUUAAACUGGACCUUUUUUUUUUUUUUUUUUUGAAUUAGCGGCAAGUUUUUUUUGUUUUUGUUUUUCUAAUUGAAAGUAAGGAAUUGCAAUCUACAUAUGUUUUAUGCUAUAAAAUAUGGCCAUCAUUAUAUAAGGCCAAUGUUUCACUCAGGGUCAUCUAUCGAGUUAAUUCUUAUAUCCUCCAACUCAAGGGUCUGGUAAGGGAUCAGUGUGGUCUUUAUAACUCAAAAGUAUCAAACUCAAAAAUCAUUGUUUAGAGAUGUUAAGAAGGGAAUUGUGCAUUUAUUUAGCGCAUGUUAAAGAGUUAGGCUAUUAAAUGUGAAAUUCACCCCAAAAAUCAACCACAAAUGGAUCAAAGAUUUUUCCAGUUAUUUCAGUUAUACUGAGAUUUGUGAUCAUGAGGAUCCCAGCUAUACAGCACACAUUUUCAGAUGCAUUUGAAACGGUUUACUUUGGUUAGAAAAAUAAUUUCAGUAACUAUUUUCCGUCUAAAAAAGGAUCAUAUUCUCAGACCAGGAUGGAAACUAUGUGAACAAAACUGUUUUGAUACUGUAACUAAAGGGGCAUUAGGUAAUUUAUCACAGGGCUUUUAUUGGUUGGCGAGGAAGUGACCUGUAAUAAACAGAAAUCUGUAUGUCCCUUUUUCACUUAGACUAAGUAAGCUAAUUUUAAAGAUACAGCAGAAAUAUCUUCCUAAUAUCGCGAUGCCGGAUUCUUUAUUGUUUGCUUUCUUGGCUUAAUUCCUCGUGAAGUGAAUGUGUUGCUAGUGUAUCUGCUUGUGGCACCGUGCGCUCUAUCUCGCAACCUUAGUAACGCAUUAACCCACAGAUACUGCCAUUGUGUGCUGUGGGAUUAAGUAAUUAUUAUAUUUUCAGGAAGUCCAUAUACCUGUUUUAUAACGGAUGACGCGCUUAAGUAUUGGACACACCUUUUAACCACACACGUUCAUUCAUAAUGUUGUGUUUCAAAGUAAGAUUUCUGCUGCUUCUGUAAAUUGUUAGAGUAAAGAAGUAAAACUGCUCUUUAAAUGUUGAAAAGUGCAAGUUUAAAUCAAGUUUAAUCUGCCGGAUAUCUUUCUUAACUUCUAAUUUAGUUUGAGACCUCCUCAUGUUCAUAAGUCUUAAAGUUAACUGCCAAAAUAGUCAAAGGUGUUUCAAAUGUGAAUUCUGUUUUACAACGAUAUUAUUUUUUAAACAUCAGUGUCCUCCAACGUCCUCCUGUUUCCUGUCGGGGAAAAACAUCCUCGAGACAGUGGCGUCUUUAUUUUUUCCCCACUGACUUCUGAGUUUUCCUUAACUAGUUUAUUUAGUAUGCUUGAGGGAACAUCUUGUUUGAUUAAGAUCUUUUUUUCUUUUUUUCUGUUUUUUGAGGGGGGAAGUAUUUGUGGUGUGGGAGGUUUGGGGACUGGAUCAGUUUGAAGGCAGUGGUGAAGGACUUUCUGUUCAUAUCCAGAGGAUUUUGUUUUGAUGUAAAUAAUCCAAAUUCAAUAUUAAUAUUUAACUCUUGGAAAAAAAACUGCACGUUUUGUACACUGUAUAGAAAACACAACUUCAAAUGGAAGUUGUUUAUACUGGAUCUUUAAAAAUGAGAAUCUUGACAAUGUUAACUUCUGUUUUGCAUUGUUUGUACAGGACUCUAGAGAUUUCUGAGUUUGGAUUGAAACAGCUGAUGCUGAAUAUGGUGUCUUUCACUGAGAACAUGCCUGGAACAUGUUUUGAUAACCAAUAACAAAGCUAUACUUGGCUGGCUAUGAAGUUGACUGUUACAUUUAAAAACAAAUGUAUUUUUUCCUGCAUUGUGAUAGAUUCUUCUAAGCAUUUUGAAUUGUGUAGAUUUCGUACAAAGCAUUACAAGCACUACAGUGGAAAAACACUGUGCACAUUGCUUACAGGCCUGUAAUGUUGUUAAUGUAAAUACUACAUUUUAGAACACUUUUUUUAUAGAAAGUUGUUUUCAGGUUUGAUGUGUGGUUUUGAUAGGUUGGAUAUUUCAUUCACAAAUAAUCAUUUUAGUGUUGCCUUUUUUCCCAAUGACCAAAAUCCAAUGUCUUAUGUGUACUGUACACAUUAAUCUUAGUGUCAGGGAUGAGUAAACUUUUCUUAAUGCUGGCACACUUUGUACAUAUAGACUUGUUAACGACACACAAACCUCCAUUUACUCACAUGUACACGUAUACACUUGACUAAAACAAUUUUUAUAUUGUCGGGGAAACAAGUAUGGAUGCAUGUUUUUUGAUAUAUAGAUAUACACACAUAUAUAUAUAUAUAUAUAUAUAUAUAUACACAAAUACACACAAGGGCUUUUAAAGUGCAAAAUUUGACAUCUGCAAAGAGGUUCAAUCAAAGUAGACUGGAUUUCCUGCCAGAGCUAGGCUAUGUUUACAUUUGCUAUAGUAUUCUGAAGCCUUCCAAUUAUGUACUGUCUUGCACUCCCUCACACACGUUAACAUCCGUCUGACUUGUGUGACUGCACCGAUGGCAACUAGCACUCCCCACUCCAUAUGAACUGAUAUUCACACGGACGUGCUGACUGAUAAGAUGCUCCAUCCGUUUCUGACAGCCUAUGCUUGAGCGUUGCAGACAAUCUCGCUUUCCGCCCUCUCUGACGGCAGAGAUGCUCACAUUUAAUAGGAUACCUGCGUUGGCUCAGAGCAAAGGUUUAUUUGGGUCUUCUUUUGAGACCUUGGUUUUUUCUGCAAUGAGAUUUAAUGUGUUUUUUUGUGUUUUGAUUUGCUUGGUUCAGUUGUAACCUCCAUUUAAUAUACUCUGUCUGAGGUGUUUAACCCCUCUACUUUAGCAGCUACAUUACCUUUAAUGCCCUUCACAAGCAGGUUGUCUGGUUGAGCAUUUGGCAUUGAUAAUCAUUUCAUGUGAUGGACAAACUUAUCAAAUCUGUAGCCUAAUACUUAUAAGUGCCCAGUUUGUUUUGCAUUCAAGUCAUAAGCCACAGACCACUGUAAUGCAUGGUUGAAGAUGAUCACACUUGUAAUCAGAGGGAAUGAAUGUGUCAUUUUACCUCAAUCUAGCAAUUAACAUCGAUGAAUAAGGUUCUCAUAUCACUACAUAGAUCACUUCUGUAUGAUCUUAUGCAAUGUUAAAAAUAUAAAAACUAACUAUGAGAUUAAGGGGAUAGAUCUAUAUGGUCUUGCAUAAGGUAAACUCAAUAAAAAUGUUGUCAUUCAUGUG